AUGGCUUUGCUUCCUUCCUGGGCCUGCGUACUGGCUGGUUGCAUUUCUGCUGCUUUAGCAGGAGCUUCCAGUCUCUCAGAUCUGUAUCCUCCUCUGUGGAAGGAGAGUCCUGGUCAGUUCCAUAUCUACAAGGAACAGGAUGGAAAGUACGUUAUCGAUCCCUGGGUAUUCACUGAUAGAAUGGGGAUGUACAAAAUCCUACUGAGGCAGACAGCUCCCUACUUCGCAAAAUUCGCUCCAGAAAAUGAACAAAACAUUUUGUGGGGGCUGCCCCUUCAGCACGGCUGGCAAUAUAGUUCAGGUAGAUUAGCUGACCCUACGAGAAGGACAAACUGUGGCUACGAAUCUGACCAUCUCUGCAUUUCUUCAGACAGUUGGUGGGCUGAUAUGAAUUAUUUUCUGAGUGUCCUACCUUUUCUUGCUGCCCUUGAUUCUGGCAUAAUGGAGAUAUCGCCAGACCAAGUUACACUUCUGCCACCAGCCGAGGACCAGAUGCGGUUCUGCUAUGAUGUUUCUGGCUGUCGUUCCUCCUUCCCUGAGAUAGUGAGCAAGUGGCGAACAUUUUUCCAGUAUGUGCAGAAACCUUCCAGUACCUUCGAAGAUCUGUUGAAAUACUUAUGGGAGGCACAUACCACAUCCUUGAAAGAGUCUAUUAAAAUUUUUGAAGAUAGGUACGCGUACUAUUCUAAACAAGAAGCGAAUUUUGGGAAGAACUGGGCUGCUGCUGUGCUUUACUUGGCUGCAGCUCGACUUCCUACCACCUUGAUUAGGUCUUCUAUCUUCCAAAAGGGUCUCCCGCCAAGAAUCCUCACCAAUACUGACAUAGCCCCUUCCAUUGGCAACUUCACUGAUCUGCAGAACGUCGUCCUGGUGGCUCUAAACAUUAUUGGUGACAUGAACAGAGACACAGAUUCCUUAACUUUGGCCACAUGGAAAGUUUUAAUGAUGACACAAACUGCAAGGCAGCAAUUUCUGGAGUUCUUUGAAACGGUGUUUGACUCUUUCCUUAAAAAUUCUCAACAACUCUAGUUUUUUAUCACCAGUAAUUUCAAAAAGGUAGUAUAACUAUAAUCAUGUAGUUUUUUAUCAUUUUUUUGUGUUUUACACUGUUGCUUAUUUGUUAGAAAAUUUUCCAUGCAUUUCUAAAAGAAAAUUCAAAUUAAUAUUAUGAUUAUUCUACUCAAGUAAUAAUUCUGGAUUUUUGAACUGAUCAAUACUCACAUUUUAAGAUUGUGUGAAAGUACCAAAAAUCACCAAGGAAUUAAUAAACAGAUAUUAGACUCGUA